AUGGAUGCAUUUUUUUCUAGCAGGCCAUCAAGUCAUAUAGAUGAUAUACAACCAAUUAAAAACGAGCCCAAUUCUUCAAUUUUACCAUCAACUCGCCCAAAGUCGCCUCGAUGCAUUCAAAGAAAUAUAACUGACCUCACAUCAGAGACACAUAAAGAAGCAAAGUCCGUUAAUACCAAAAACUAUACUGCUGAUGUAUUAGAUAAUACAUCAGCAAAACCACCAACUCUCAUGGCAUAUCGCCCUACAACAUCUAGUCAUAUUGAUACGAGUCCAACUGAAGAGUCGCAGGAAACCAAUAAACACGAGAGUUCAACUCAAAAGCAGCAUGUUCUGCAACCCAGUAUUACUUUCAAAUCAUGCAUCAACAAAACUCCGCCUCUCCAUAGAAAACAAAAGUUUGGUAAGAGCAGUGAAACGCCAAAAGAGUCACAGGGUGCGCAAUUCAGAUUAGCAAGAUCUACUCAAUCUAGCAAACAAGAAAUACCGAUUCAAAUAGACAACUUGUCCAAAAAACCUGUAAAGAAGCACAAGUUGGAUUUUGCUCAUACUGCUAGCGAAUCACUUAGUGAGAUGACUCGAUUAAUGCAAAUAAUUGAUGAACAAAAAGUAUUCAUUAGUCAACUUCGCGCAGAACAACGUACUCUAAACAUUGUAAACUUGAGACAAGAAAAAGCAAUACAAAAGUCGGAUAGAGAUCGUGGUGAUAUGCCCAGAGUCAUCCAUGCAAUGAAUGAGGAGCUUCGUGUUGCAAAGAUUGAAAAAAGUCGUCAUAUGGAUAAAAUAUCACAUCUGCAGAAAAAAACACAGCAUCAAGCACAAGAGAUACAUCGACUACAGAACAAAUGCAAUGUACUACACGAUCAAAUCUUGAUUGGAAAGACAAUGGACAUUCUCACUUUACAAAAGCAAUUGGAGCAACAUCAAGCUAUAAUUGAAAAAUCCAAAGAGAUGAAUUUGAUACUAGAAAGACAGGUUAGGCAAUUGGAAGGCGAGCGCGACAGGGAAGUUGCAUUUACUAAAUCAAGUGUAAGUAAACUAAUGACUGAGCUCAAUCAAGCACAUUCUGAAAUCACAGGUUUGAAACAGAAACGUCACGAUCUUGAUCGACAAUCAAUGGCAAUGUCGAAUCGGAGUCCUUCACGACCCAGCCCAACUUUGUACGUUGAUGAUUCUUGUAAGUUCGAAUCAAUUCGUCAUCAUCCAUCAAAAACAGCAGCAUCCUCAAGAAAUCAUGGUCAUUUUGAACACUCCCGCGGCACACCACUUCCACAGCUGUCCAAUCAUGUGGCUCUAUGCGAGCCGGUAGCACCAAAGUCUUUUUCUCAUAAAAAGUCACUACGUACAACAAGAUCGCUAUUACUGCCACUUGCAAAAGAGUCAGAGUGCAAGUAUAUUGUUCCCCAAACUUUACAAGUAUCUGUAAAUCAUACAGAGAGCUCCAAUCUUUUGGGUCCAAAUAGUGACAUCUAUAAGCCUAGUUUAAAAACUCAAGCUACUAACCAAGUAGACAAUUUUUCUGAACCAGCUCAGCACAUUGUUUCCAUUUCUCAAAACACCAUUCACAAACCUGCAGUGCUUACCAAAUCACAGAUGGGUGUAAAGCAACCAACACAGUUGAUUAGUAUUAGCAAUGCUGAAACGCUGAUUGGAGCCACUUCUCAAAACUUACAAAUCGCUCAAACACCAACGAUCGAUUCUCCAAAUACUCGACAAACUUCAUCCUUGCAAGAGAAAAAGACGACAGACAAAUUCGUAUCAUCAAAUGCGUACAAUUAUGAUAUUCCAUCCAUUCCCACCUCACCUAACACAAACUUGCAAAAACUACCCAAAACAAUGCAUAGCCAGACCACGACUCACCUUGAAAAGACAGAUUUAAAUUCUGAAGCUAUUUAUGUGGCAGAAACACUUUCAAAUUACUCUGAUGAUUUUUCUUGA